AUCCAAUUGGCGCCGAAGAGCUCAAGUCACCGGAAGAACGCUAUACACACACUGUAAUCACAACCGUCCGACAUGGUGUGCUCGACAUCAACGUUGAUGGCGAGCGUCAUCUCGGCGGCACUCGCAGGUGCCGCGAUCGGCCUUGUACUAGGUGCGCAACGCAUCUCCACGUGCCCCAAGGAAGGCUCGCACCAUGGCAUGAUGCGGCGCUUCACCUGUCUGCUGUGCCGCAAGAAGAAGAAGGGCUUCCCAAAGCGCCUGAUCCUGGUGCGCCACGGCGAGUCCGAGGGCAACAUCGACCCGCUACUGUAUGGCCGCGUGCCCGACAAUGCUAUGCACCUCACGGAACUCGGCUACGAGCAGGCGGUGGCGGCUGGCAAGUCCAUCAAGAAGAUCGUCGGGAAUGAGACCAUGCGCUUCAUUGUGUCGCCAUACGUGCGCACGAUCGAGACGUUCUGCGGCAUCCUGAAGGCUUGGGGCUUCGAGGGCAAGUCGAUCCCAUGGUCCGAGGAACCCCGUAUCCGUGAGCAGGACUUUGGCAAUUUCCAGGAACCCAUGAAAAUCCGCGAGUGCAAAGCGCAGCGACGGCGAUUCGGCUCUUUUUUCUACAGGUUCCCGAGUGGAGAAUCGCCUGCCGACGUGUAUGAUCGCGUGUCGAGCUUCCUGGAGUCGCUCUACCGCAUGUUCGAGAAAUCGUCAGAGGAGAACUACGUAUUGGUGACACAUGGCGUGGCUAUCCGCGUAAUUUUGACGCGCUAUUUCAAGUAUCGUAUCAGCGAGUUCGAGCUGCUCCAGAACUUCCACAAUGGCGAGUUCGUCGUGCUCGAAUUUAACGAGUGUCAAGGCAAGUUCAUGCUCAAGACGAUUGUGUCCAACCACGUGCAGAUCCACGAGGACGGCAGCGUGUCCGUCGAGACGGAUGAGACCGCGCAGCUGCGGAUUCACCCGAGCGACACCAUGUCGUCCAUACCGAGACCGUACUUGACAUCUCCGAUCAACCACUUCCGACACCCCCCGCCCCCGUCUCCACCUACGUCCAGUACGAUGUCGUCGCCUCGACACGAGAAUGGAGAGAUGUUCCCGUCGUCACCCACGUCGUCCAGCACGUCCAAAUCUGUCGAUUACUCCUCGCACAUGCGUCCUCCGCCGAUCACCGUCAACGAACCCAUGCAGCGUGGUAUGCAGUGAUCAGAAAUUAGGACGAAAAUAAGGGAUGUAUUUAUGCAAGCGAUGUUUAUUCCCCCAGAAUGCUUAGAAAACCAAAACUACUUGACUUCGUUAAGAAAUCGAAACUCCAGAUAUAGUAGCCUAUGAUAAAACAUCUCUCCAAUUACAUCAUUCGAUUAUCUAGUUUUGCCACGUGUAGACCG